AUGCAUCGCACCUAUUCCAUGAGACAAUCGCGGGCUCCUACUGCCUCGCAACUGCAGAACCCGCCCCCGCCAUCCUCCAGCACCAAGUCGGGCAGAUUCUUCGGAAAAGGAGCAAUUGGCCAUGCCCUCCGCCGUCAAGCUGCGGGUGUCGGCGGCCCCGACCUCGCUAAGAAGCUUUCCCAGCUCGUGAAGAUGGAGAAGAACGUUAUGCGCAGCAUGGAGCUCGUGGGUCGGGAGCGCAUGGAGGUUGCGCAACAACUUUCCAUCUGGGGUGAGGCGUGCGAUGACGAUGUUUCAGAUGUCACGGACAAGCUCGGCGUCUUAAUUUAUGAGAUCGGUGAGCUCGAGGACCAGUACAUCGACCGCUAUGAUCAAUACCGGGUAACUAUCAAGUCCAUCCGCAACAUUGAGGCUUCCGUCCAACCCAGCCGAGACCGCAAGCAAAAGAUCACCGACCAAAUCGCCCAGCUCAAGUACAAGGAGCCCAAUUCCCCUAAGAUCGUGGUGCUCGAGCAAGAGCUCGUCCGUGCCGAAGCUGAGUCCUUGGUCGCCGAAGCCCAGCUUUCCAACAUCACCCGCGAGAAGCUGAAGGCUGCCUACACCUACCAGUUCGACGCGCUGCGCGAGCACUGCGAGAAGCUGGCCAUCAUCGCUGGCUACGGCAAGCACCUGCUCGAGCUCGUCGACGACACCCCCGUCACUCCUGGUGAGACCCGUGCUGCUUACGAUGGCUACGAAGCCUCCAAGGCCAUCAUCCAGGACUGCGAGGAUGCGCUCACGAACUGGGUUACGGCAAACGCCAAAGUCUCUUCCACUCUCUCCACUCGUGCGAGAACAUUGUCUCAGCGCCGUCGCAACAACAUCCAGCGCAACGCUGAGGGUCACGAUCUCACUGGCCAGGACGCUCCAUUGCACGACCGCGAGAGCGGCCUCUGGAUCCCAGCUAGCGCUCACAAGGGCGACGAGUAUGAUGACGAGGAAGAGGAUGACGAGGAGGAAGUCCGCGCCCCGUCCAUCCAGGAAAGUGCUGUGAAUGGGGAGAGCCGAGGCCGUCAGGAGUCUGUGGCUGCCUAA